CAGACAAAAAGAUCCUCCGCCGUUCCUUUUCGGCGAGCGAAACCAGCGGCCGUGAUCGCAUCAUCACUAUUCGGCGCUAGGGUUUCGGCCGUUCCCAUCACCGCCGUCCUCUUCUACCGCAGGAAUCGACAUGUCAGCUUCCUUCGCCGGCGAUCCUCCGAACCAUGGCGGAGAUGCUCCCGUUCAGUUGGACGAUGGCGUUCCGGGCGAUCAGGAGGGGGAGCAAGAAGCAGCUGAUGCGGCGAUGCAGCUUGUGGGCUCGAACCCUAAUCAGCUCACGCUGUUGUUUCAGGGGGAGGUCUAUGUUUUUGACUCGGUGACGCCGGAAAAGGUGCAAGCUGUAUUGUUACUAUUGGGAGGGUGUGAAGUGCCUACUAGCAUAUCUAGUUCAGCAUUUGCCUGCAACCAGGAUGAUAGGGGAAUGGAUGAUAUAUUAAGGAGAACUAAUAUACCAGCAAAACGGUUAGCUUCUCUUAUUAGGUUCCGUGAAAAGCGUAAGGAACGAUGUUUUGACAAGAAAAUUCGAUAUGAUGUUAGAAAAGAGGUUGCUCUCAGACCUCUGGCUUUGGAACCAUCUAGGUUUUGUUAGCGGUGACGUGAAUGAGAAUGAAGGGGCGACUUGAGCAUAACUUUUUCCUAAACGACAUGUAAAUUUGAUGUUACUUCUGCUCUGAACUUGUUUAUGUGUUUUCUAAUAUCAAUUUAGAAGGGAUGUGAUUCAAUUUUCCUGAUAAAAGCUAUUUUGUUAAAACAAUCCAUUGGAAUGUUUUUAUUUUUAAAUUUUUUGUCAUCAUUCAUGAUGCCUAAGAUAAAAAUUUAUGCAGGGAAAUAAUUAGUUAUUGGCAAGCAUUUGUUCACGUGUCUUCUUUCGGUGGCCCAUUUUCUAACUUGUGUUGUAGUAGUUAUUUUCAGUCUAUCCUUUAUUAUUUAUACCCCACAUCCAUCUUAAUAUUCUCAUUUUUUUCAUACUCAAUUAACCACCCAACUUUUGAAUUCAUACAAUAUCAUCAGUUUAAUUGUACUUUUAUAAAAAUUAUCGAUUUAGUCACCAAGAUAUCCUCUUAUCACUUAUUCGUCUUAAGCUACUUCUCCAUUCUAAUAAUGCGGCCUUAAGCAUUAAGCAAACUUAUAGCCAUAUAGUCCUCUACUUAUGCCAAAUUCAUCGUGGCAAGACUGCAACAUUGUUUUCAUUUUGGAAUUAAGAUUGGAUGUGGAUAUAAUUUCAUAUUAGUGGCAAUCAAUAAAUUUUUAUUAUAUACAUUUUGUUCCCUAUUUUAAGACUGCUA